AAGACUUGUAGGUAAUUAAUUCUACAAGUCUUUUUAAGUCUUAUAUAGUGGUGGCUACCAAACUGAGUGAGAGCACAAGAGAAAACCCAUCUUCUUCAUCACAAGAUUUCGAUUCCACAUCGAGCGCUUAGCCAUGGCAGAAGUAGACAACAAGCAAGUCAUAUUCAAAGGGUACAUAGAGAGAACCCCAGCAGAGACAGACAUGGAAAUCAAGGUUAGCAAGAUUAAGCUGGAGGCUCCAAAAGGGUCGGGAGCUUUUCUGGUCAAGAAUCUCUACCUCUCUUGUGACCCUUACAUGAGAGGCCGUAUGCGUGAUUUCCAUGACUCUUAUAUCCCUUCCUUUGUGCCCGGUCAGCCCUUCGAAGGAUUUGGCGUAUCCAAAGUUAUAGAUUCCGAUAAUCCAAAUUUCAAACCUGGCGAUUUAGUUUCUGGGAUUACUGGCUGGGAAGAAUACAGCUUGAUUCACAGAACUGAACAAUUGAGGAAAAUUCAGCCAGAUGAUGAUAUUCCUCUCUCGUACCAUGUUGGACUUCUUGGUAUGCCAGGUUUUACUUCGUAUGCAGGAUUCUUUGAGGUCUGUACCCCAAAGAAAGGGGAGUAUGUCUUUGUUUCUGCGGCUUCUGGAGCGGUUGGUCAGCUUGUUGGCCAACUUGCUAAGUUGCAUGGUUGCUAUGUAGUUGGAAGUGCUGGGACAAGCCAAAAGAUUGAUCUUCUGAAGAAUAAGCUUGGAUUCGAUGAAGCUUUUAACUACAAGGAAGAAAAAGAUCUUGAUGCAGCAUUGAAAAGGUACUUUCCGCAAGGCAUUGACAUAUACUUUGAUAAUGUGGGUGGGGAAAUGCUCGAUGCAGCGCUUGUAAACAUGAGGAUUCAUGGCCGAGUUGCCGUUUGUGGGGUGGUGUCCCAGCAGGAUUUGUCAAAGCCUCGAGGGAUUUACAACUGGUUGAAUCUCAUAACCAAGCGCAUCAGGGUACAGGGAUUCCUGCAACACGAUUACUUGCACUUGUACCCAAGCUUCUUGGAACAUGUCAUCGGUCAUUACAAGCAAGGAAAAAUUGUUUUCAUCGAAGACAUGAAUGAAGGCUUGGAAAGUGCUCCAGCUGCCUUUGUCGGCUUGUUUUAUGGCAAAAAUGUUGGUAAGCAGGUCAUUCGUGUAGCCCAUGAAUGAUUAUUGCUAAUGUGGUCAUCAAUCUUCCAUGACUGUUUAAAUGGAUAAUUUGAAAUAAAAAUUCGGAUCAUUACUGAGUGAA